AUGCUGCAGCAGCCCCCGCCGUCGCCGUUGGCGACCCCGCACAUCAACCUGGUUCGCGCUGCUGCAGAGGCUUACGCCCAGAGCAGCCGCAGCAGCCUGGUGCGGCUGCAAGAGGUCUGGCAGGAUAUCGAGCUGCCCCAAGCCCAGCAGGUGGCCGUGCUCGAGGACAUCAUAUCGCGCGCCCACUUGGUCUGGGAGGAGGCCGUCGCCGCCGCGGAGGCGAAGCAGCAGCGGCUGAGGGGGGAGGUUGAGGAGGCGCUGCGGGAGAUUGCGGGCAUCAAGGAAGAGCUGGGGGAUGACGUCAUGCGGCGGGGCGCGCAGGCGGAGCUCGACCAGCUCAAGGGCGAGGAGCGCGUGCACAAGACGCUGUGCGCGUGGCGCGGGGAGGUGCUGCAGAAGGCGGCGUACUGGCGCAACUGCCGGCUGCAGAGGCUGGGGGAGUACGACGAGCUGCAGGCCCUUCUGCGGCAGGCGCGCGCUCAGAUAGGCCGCGCACAGCCGGCUGCCCCGGAGCGGCCCAAUAUUAGCCGCGCCACCAUCGAGUACCUGCGGCUGGAGCUGGACAAGCUGCGGGCAGAGAAGGAGCGCCGCGAGGAGCGGCUGGGCGUGAUGACGCAGCAGCUGCGGGGUGUGUGCAGCGAGGUGGGGGAGGAGGCUGAGCUGGCGUUGGCGGAGGUCCACGGCAGCCUGGCCCUGCUGGGGGACUCCACUGCGCGCCAGGUGCUGCGGGAUGUGUACAAGCUGGCAGGCAGCGCGGCCGCACCCCCAGGCAGCUCAUCGCAGGUCGACCUGAGUGAUGAGACCAUGGCGCGGCUGCACCAGAAGCUGGACGCCCUGGGCAACCUCAAAGCCCAGCGCUCUGCCCACGCGUCCGAGCUGAUGGCGAUCCUGCACUCCCUGUGGGACGCCUGCGGCGUGAGCCCCGACGCCCACGAGCGCGCGGCCCUGUCUCGGCUGAUGGGCGGCCCGCUGCGGCUGCACACGCGCAGCCUUGAGAAGUGCAUGGCCGAGGUGCGGCGGUGCGAGGAGGCCAAGGUGGCGCAGAUGCUGGAGAUCGUCAACGCCAAGGCCAGGGAACUCAUUGACCUGUGCGCCGAGACGCACAUCGCGCCGCCAGGCGGCCUGGGGCCCUGCAUCGCAGCCCUCAACGCGCCCCAGGGCCGCUCCCCCGGGGCCGCGGCCGACCUGCUGACCAAGCUCGUGCGCAUGCUGUCAGAGGUGCAGGUGGUGGCUGCCAAGCGCUCCGCCAUCAUCAGCGGCAUCAACGAGGUGGAGGAGGCGCGGCGCGAGGAGGCCUGGCUGUGCGCAUUUGAGGCGGACGAGGCGCGCUACAAGGGCCGCGACGCCAACAAGAAGCUGCAGCGCGCCAUCAAGGCCCAGAAGAUGCGCGAGAGGCUGCCCGCCAUGUCGGGGGCGGUGCGGCGCGGCCUGGCGGAGUGGCGCGAGACCGAGGGCGCGCCCUUCCUCUAUGACGGCCGCGACUACGACGCUCUCCUGGAGGAGCUGGAGCAGCGGCUGGACUUCCUCGCGCAGGAGAAGGUGGCCAAGAGCGCCGCACGCCGCCAGGCCGGCCCCGCCCCCGCCCCCGCCUCCGCCGCUCCCUCGCCCACGCCCACAGGGCGCCUGGGGUCGGCGGCGUCGGCGCCGGCCCAGGGCGCUCCGCGGACGCCGCUGCCAAAGGGCAUCUCCACGCGGCAACUGCAGGAGCGUCACUCCAUCGCCAUCGUGGGCGGGGGCGCGACAGGGCGCGAGCAGGCCCAAGUGAUGCGCAGCAGCGGCCAGCUGGCCGUGAAGGCCACUCCCUCACGGGCAGGCGCGCGCACCCCACCCCCCGGCGCCCGCACGCCCCCUCCGAGCGCCACGCGCACGCCGGCGGCGGCGCCGGGCGCGACACCCAGGGGGCCCGCCGCCAGCGCCCGCCUGGCCGACAUUUUCAACCGUUCCCCGCUGCAGCAGAGCGUCCCCACCCUCGAGGCCGCCACAGUGGCCGCCGAGGCCGCCGCCGCGGCCACGACCAGCGACGGCGGCGCGGCGGCGCACGGCGUGCGCACACCCACGCCGGAUGUGCCGGGCGGCGGCCACGCCAGGGGCGGCGGUUGCGGCAGCCAGGAGGGCGGCGGCCCUGGCGCAAGGGGCGAGGACCAGGGUAUUGGGGACAUGUACCGCCGCCUUGUGGCACAGACCGGCGGCAGCAAGCAGGCGGCGGCCGCCUCGCCGCCUUCUGCGCGCGGGGGCGACCAGGGCGCGCACGCCGCAGCGGCUGGGACGCCGCCGUCGGCUGGGCGGGGCGGUUCUCGCAUCCCGCAGCCGCAGUUUUGA